AUGGCCGAAGAAAACCAUGUGGAACCACCUUGCGAAAGCAGCCCAAGACGGUUCGCUCAUCUCACCAAUAACCCAGCCGCACGACGAGCUGAGAUGAAAACAGGUAUGCUACAAAUCAUGUACGCUAACCCUUUUUCACGUUUGGACCAUGAAGAUCCAUACACCCACCUCACCAAAUUCUAUGAGAUCGCUGGUACAUUAGGAACACCGGCAGCCGAAGAAGAAGUCGUGUUCAUGAGACUAUUUCCGCACUCGUUGAUUGGGAAAGCAAAGGAAUGGUAUCAUGAUCAAUCAACAGAAACCAUGACCAAUUGGAACGUUUUGGAGAAAAAAAUUCUUAGCAGGUUUUUCUCACAUAAUCGAUUCAUGGACGCAAAAACAGCCAUCGCCACAUAUACUCAAGCCGCAAAUGAAACAUUAUGUGAAGCAUGGGAACGUUAUAAAUCCAUGCUAAGAAAGUGUCCAAAUCAUGGUUUUGAUAACCUCUCACAAAUCCACAUCUUCCGCAAUGGAUUGCUACCUCAACCGAAACUCUUACUCGACGCAACAGCUGGUGGCUCGUUAUUAGCAAAAAGCGCAGAAGAAGCAGCGGCUAUUAUCAACAAAAUGGCUCUCACAGACCACCAAGUGCAACACAAUCGAGGUAACGUGCAAAAGAAAGCUGGAAUUUUGGAAUUAGGCACGAAUGACGCAAUCCUGGCCCAAAAUAAACUGCUCACUCAAACUGUGGAAGAAUUAACAAAACAAUUAUCCAAGCUACCUCAACAACUCAAAGAAAUGCACGGUUCGUCAAGCACAUCACAACAAGUAGCUGUUUGUGAGUUAUGCACAGGGGAUCACCAAACUGGUUUUUUCCCUCCACUCAAUGAAGAAGUGAACUAUCUUGGAAAUCAACAACAAAGGCAAACUCCAUACCAAAAUAACCAAGGUUAUCCGUACAACAACAACACAAGCUAUGGCCAAAACAGAUCAAAUCAAUACCAAAGUUACACGCAUUCAGACAAGCUUUCAAAGAUAGAGGAUACCUUGAAUCAAUUUAUGCAACUGUCCAUGGCAAACCAGAAAAACACCGAUGCAUUAAUAAGAAAUCUUGAAACGCAAGUUGGACAAAUUGCAAAGCAACUAAGUGAUCAACAAAGAGGUACGUUCACCGCAUCUACUCAAACCAAUCCAAAAGAGAAUUGCAAUUCAAUCACAACAAUAAAAGUAGAAGUGGUUGAAAAUAAAGUUGGGGAGAGUGAAAAAGAAAAGAUGGUGGUGAUGGAAAAUCAAGAAGAAAACAAUGAAAAGAAGGAUGAAGCAAAGGCGACCGAUCCUGGACAAGUUAACUUACCAGUUACCAUUGGAAAUAUCUAUUUUAAUAAUGCUUUAGUUGAUCUUGGAUCAAGCGUCAAUCUUCUUCCAUUAUCCACCAUGAGAAAGAUUGAAGAUCUUCAUUUGAGCCCUACGACAAUGAAAUUACAACUUGCUGACAAGUCAACCACAAAACCAAUUGGCGUGAUGAAAGACGUAAUGAUCAAAUUGGAGAGUUUUCAAUGUUCAACUGGCUUUGUGGUAAUAAGCAUGAACGGUAAUGAAGACGGCCCUCCAAUCUUAGGUCGUCCCUUCAUAAAAUUGGCAAGAAUGAUGAUUGACGUGGAUGAAAGGAAAAUGAAGGUAAGGCACAAAGAUGGAGAAAUCAAUUUCACAUUGUUUCAACACAAGGAGGAUGAUUAUUCCAAAGAUAAAGCUCCUGAUGAAUUAGGCCUGGAAGCAUUAAAAGAAAUGGACAAGAAAGAAAGGCCAAAGUAUGGUGGCAAGGACAUUUUGACGAAUUCAUACAAACCACCAUAA